GUCUUCCCCCCACAUUUACUGUGACGUUUUAUUAAAGUUGUAAGAUGGCGACGGUGCAUCUGAGGAUCGGGGACCUGGUGUGGGGGAAGCUUGGCCGUUACCCACCAUGGCCAGGAAAGGUAGUAAGCCCUCCAAAGGAUCUGAAAAAGCCCAGGGGCAAAAAAUGCCACUUUGUGAAGUUCUUUGGAACUGAAGACCAUGCCUGGAUUAAAGUAGAACAGCUGAAGCCCUACCAUGCCCACAAAGAGGAGAUGAUCAAGAUAAAUAAAGGCAAGCGCUUCCAGCAGGCAGUGGAUGCAGUGGAGGACUUCCUGAAGAAGGCCAAGGGAAAAGAACAGAACUCUGAGGGCAAAGGAGACUCGAAAGGAAAGAGGACGCCCAACAAGCCACUAAAAAUACUGGAGGAGGACGACGAGGAUCUCAGUGCGCUGAAAGACCCCUCUGAGAAGGACUUGACUGACUCUGACCCCGAGCCAUCAACUGUUGAGAGGCUGGGGGCUGGACCUGGCUCAGGAUUCAAAUGGGAAAGCAGUCCUGUGAAAGAUGACCCACAUUUCCAUCACUUCUUGCUGAGCCAGUCUGAGAAGCCAGCCUCAUCCAUGGAGCCCAUCAGCAAGCGUCUCAAGGUCAUUGAAGAGGUCACGGGGUCAACCUCUAUCCAAGCAGCAGACAGCACAGCCAUCAAUGGCAGCAUCACACCCACUGAUAAAAGGAUAGGGUUCCUGGGUCUGGGGCUGAUGGGUAGUGGCAUUGUUUCCAACCUGCUGAAAAUGGGUCACGUGGUCACAGUGUGGAAUCGCACAGCAGAAAAGUGUGACCUGUUCAUUCAGGAAGGGGCCAGGUUAGGCCGCACCCCUGCAGAGGUGGCCUCAAUGUGUGACAUCACCUUCUCCUGCGUCUCUGACCCAAAGGCUGCCAGGGAUUUGGUGCUGGGACCCAGUGGAGUGCUGCAGGGAAUCAGGCCAGGAAAGUGCUAUGUAGAGAUGUCCACUGUAGACCCAGAAACCAUCACAGAACUCUCACAGGUGAUCACCUCACGGGGAGGCCGUUUCCUGGAGGCUCCAGUGGCAGGAAGCCAGCAGCUCUCCAAUGAUGGGAUGCUGGUCAUCCUGGCAGCAGGUGACAGGACGGUGUAUGAAGACUGCAGCAGCUGCUUCCAGGCCAUGGGCAAGACUUCCUUCUUCCUGGGUGAAGCAGGGAACGCAGCGAGGAUGAUGCUGAUCCUCAACAUGGUGCAGGGCAGCUUCAUGGCCACCAUUGCAGAGGGUCUAACUCUGGCCCAAGCCACCGGCCAAUCACAGCAGACCUUCCUGGACAUCCUGUGCCAGGGACAGAUGGCGAGCACCUUUGUAGACCAGAAAUGCCAAAAUAUUUUACAGGGUAACUUUAAACCAGACUACUAUUUGAAACACAUUCAGAAGGAUCUGAGGCUAGCCAUCUCCAUGGGAGACAUGGCCAACCAUCCAACUCCAAUGGCCGCAGCUGCCAAUGAGGUUUAUAAGAGGGCUAAGGCGCUGGACCAGUCAGACAACGACAUCUCUGCAGUCUACAGAGCCUACAUCCACUAGAGUGCAGUCUUUGAUCUCUUCUUCUUUUCUCCUUCACCAUUUACUGAGUUGUUAUUUUCCUCAUGGAAAAACUUUUUUUUUAUAUAUAAAUUUGAGGCAACCUUGAGCGCUGUACUUGACUGUGCUGAUGGUGUGUUCAGACCAACUGUGUGUGAGUGUCGUGCAGUAGAUAAGUCAUGGUAGAUGUAGAUUUCAGGAGCUAACCUGGUUAUCCUGCUCCAUCUCAAUUUCAAAUGCUUUUAUUCUCCAUUUCUGACUCGUCAACAUCUGACAGGCCAUCUUUUUUCUUCUUGACAGAUUGUAGCCAUUUCCUGAAAAAGUCUAAACAGAAUGUUGACACAUGAUAAAAGCAGCAGGAGCUUACAGGACACGAGUAUCGCGAGGUUUUCCUGCUGUGUUCUCUUGAGGACUCAGACGUGACGUAAUGAUUUCAGUGCUGGUGUGAGAGCAGCUCAUAGUAUUUGGUCUGAACACACUGUGAGUGAGUUGCUGGUUUGAAGACACCAGGGCAGAGCACACUGACUCCGUCUGUUAAAAAAAACAACCGUAUGAUUUUUUUUUUUGUUUGUGUGCAAAUGAAGAGUUUAUUUAAUUUAGUGUGAUAUUUUAUUUCCUUUUUUUUUUUUUAAUCAAUGAGAGAAAACACCAAGAACACGUCACUGCAUUGCCUUAAUAUUGUAACCCUCUCAAUGGUCCAUGUAUUUAUUUCUGCUUGUUUCCAGGUCUGAUGUGUGCUUUGAUGUUGCUGUUAAAACAGAGCAACAGGCCACACGAGGCCUUUCGCAUGCAGUAACAAUCAAAUAGCACUCGUCAUGUUCAGUCCCUUCAUUCUGUUGUUUUAUUGGAAGAAUUUUCAGUGUUUUUUGUUUUUCUCUUUUUUUUUUAAUAUAUUCCCCUGCAACAAGAUUAAUCUAGUUGAGUUGUAUUUUAACUGAAGUUUCUAAUGAAUCAUUAGUGUCAUGUUUUCUUAUUUUAAGUUAUAAAAACAAGUGUUUGGCUUUAGAAAAACAUGAGACUUGCAUUAAAGAAACAAGCUAAUCAAACUGUUUGAUGUGGAUUAGUGGAGGCAGUGUUUUACAGUCAGAGGGAGGGCUCUCUCUGACCUGAGCUCCUCCUACCACAGGAAGUUGUGAGUGGGAGCUUAUGUCAUUCCAGCCUUAGUCAGACACUGAGGGUCAUUCCUUCAACAGGAACUGUGAUUUCCAACUGGGGAAGUCAGAUCAACCCCGACAUGGGAUUUAAGAUGGCUGCCACUCACAUAAACACCCCCACCUCCUGAUAAUAACCCUUGUGUUACAGUACUCAGUAACUGUCUAUGUGUGUAGAGUGUUUUUAUUGACUGCUAUUGCUUUUUGUCAACAAAAAAGGAGUAAAACAGAUCAUCUGCACCAUCAUCUUAGUUUACUGAAUGAGUUUUUGCUGUGUGACUUGUGGGGACUGGUGCUGAGAAAUGACAACAUGUCAGUAUGUCCGCACGUGAACAUCAAGCUUAUGCUGCAUUCCAUUUACAUCGCAGCUCAGAAGUCGGAUUUGGGAGUGACGUCACCGCUGCGCACCGUUCUCCUGGCAGAAGCAGUCAAUAACAAAACUGUGCAGUGAAGCCACAUGCCUACAGUCGUACUAAUAUUAUUAUUAUUAUUGUUAUUGUUAUUACGUGUACCACUGACUUACUGUGAAACAGACGUGUCAGUGUCUGUGGAGCAGCCGUCUUGUAGUCCCAUGCAGGGUGUGGUGAGUGUGCUCUUAGUUGGACUGGAACAUUAAUGGGAAAAUCCAAGUUCUGACCUAAAGUGGAAUGUACCGUUGUAUUAAAGAUAAUUUAGAAUGCAUGCGUCCAUCACUGCGUGCUGUCUAAAGCAGUUCUAAAGCAGCUGAAACACGUUUGUAAACGUCUAAAGUAAGGAUCAACACUGGGGUAGACAUGGAACCAUGUGACUGAAAUAACUGCAGCUCACAAUAUUCAUCUGUAAAAAAAAAAAGUCACUCGUUAACGCAGUUAUUUUUUGUUUUUACAUCGUAGACAGAAACACGAGGUAUUUUUGGCGUGAGUUAAGAGACGCAGACUCCCCGGUGAGACUUAAUCAUUAAAACCAUGUUGGUGAGCUGGACCAGUGGUUCUCAAAGCUUGGGUCGGGACACACACAUGAGUCAUGGGACUUGGUUCACAGCCAUUUAUCAGUUUUGGGAAACACUGGCAUAGAUGGCAUAUACAACAUGUAUAAUAUAUUAUUAUUAUUAUUAUUAUUAUUAUUAUUACAGUCCUGCUCUUCUUCCACUGUAUCGUGAAAUGAAAAAAAGACCUAUCCAUGAAUAAGUAAAUGAGUCUAUCAUUAACAAAAUAAUGCACUUGUGUAUGAAUUAUCCCACAUCCCAUUUUGAAAUAUUUGCCAACAUGAAUUAUAUUUGAUGUUUUUAACUGAGGUAAAGAACUGUUUUUAGAAGCCAUGUAAAUAGUUUUAGGUUGACUAUAGUCUUUCUUCUAUGUCUACAAUAACUAGAAUUAAUGACGUCAACUUGUCUUUAGUUUGAAAUGCAACAGGACAACAGCGUCACCUUUUUCUUUUACCAGUCGAUUGUUCAAGUGUAAAUGGUUAAUUGAUUUGUGGCUUAAAUAAUAAAUCAUUGAGUUAGAUCAUGUAUGAAGAAAGUGUGCUUUUGGGGGGAGCUGUAUGAUUUUGUGUACAUGGGAAAUAUCAAGACACGAGUAACAGGUUGUUUAAUAAAUCCUCCCCUGAUCAGUGA